GUGGUGUUUAUGAAGAGCAGACGCUGCAUUGGGAGGAAAUAUUACGGGAGACCUUUUAAAACGUGACCGUCGAUAAAUAAGGUAAUGUCACUGUUCAACAGUGAAAACGAAUCGGCACGAAAAGCUUUAGCUAAUCAGUCAGCUGGGCAGCUUACAGGUAGUACGCUCUGAAAACGACACGUUAGCCAAACGCUAACUCUGUAGUAAGUUAAUGUUUAAGGUUAAUUUAGCUUUGUGUGUAAUGGUAACGUUUGAGUUGUGAGUGUCACAAGGCUUGCUUUAGUGUAGCCUAAGACUGAAUGAUGGGAUUAGACUGACUGACAAUCGCAACCGGUUUAGUUAUUCCGAGUUAACGCCAGCUAAGUUGGGCUAACGUUAGCUAAGGGACUUGUGAAAGAGUUGAUGCCUCAUAUUAGUUAGUUGACUGUAGGUGCCAUAAGUCAUUAAUUACACGUUGAUUAAAUGUUAGUACUGUGCGCCUGUUUGGUCACUGGGGCCUUGUAGUACCAGUGUAGUUUUGCAUCAGGUAACUUAGACGUAUGUGUUUCAUUAAAUCAGCUUUAGCAAACGUGCUACUGGCUAAUUUGUAACGGGAGUUUGCAGUGUGAGAUAAGCCCUGGAGGCUGGUCUCCAGUAGCGGUCUAAUUAAUGCAACUUAACCUGAACCUACUGGGGGACAUACAGGCGGAGGAUGUCUGCUGCAGCUCUUCGUUUGAUCCACUGUCGGAGAUUGAGCACAGCUGGGCCACCUGGAGUGAAGAAAGUGCUUCAGUGGAAAGAUUUAAGGAAGGUUGCUAAAGUAACUGGCGCAGUUGUCUUGGGGGGCUGUCUUUUUAUUACAUAUGAGGUCAUGGCCUUGGACAAAGCUGUGACCAUUGACACUAGUGCAAUUUUUCAAGAGAAGUACAAGUCUUACAUUUAUCUGAGAGCCACGCCUUCAGAUGAAAAGGAGAACCUUACUGCAGGACUUACAAAUAAAGCAAGGAGGGAACUUCAUAAAGCAGCUCGGCGGUUUUUGGAAAUAUCCUCAAGGCUUUUGCUGCGAUCACUAGAUGAGCACUUUAGUCAUGUAGAUGCAGACCCACAUGAGGUGGCAUUGUGGGUCCUGUUGAAGAGGACACAGUCGGCCAAUACAGCCAUCAGACUACAGGCUGUACAGGAGCUGGCAGAUAAUCACCACUGGCACGACUACCAGUACCAGACAGCAGCCCAGAUUAUAGACCAGAGAACAGCAGUGGGCCUGGCCCGAACUCCUCAAGUAGACCUGCGAUUCUUCCUGCCUCCACCCACGCUACCUGAUCUGGAAGAUGGUAUGUCAGCAGAGGAUGGACUGAGGCACCUACUGGCAUCUCUGCCUCUGUCUGAGGUGGACAAAUGUGUUCAGUACUUCACCUCACUGGCCCUCAGAGAGAGUACUCAGUCCGUGGCAGCACAACGGGGUGGUCUUUGGUGUUUUGGUGGCAAUGGGCUGCCCUACGCCCAGAGCCUCACCUCUGUCCCCGCAGAGAAGGUGGAAUCGUUCUGUUUACAGGCUCUUGUACAGCACUCAAAGGUCCAGAGCCACUGUGACCACAUAGUUGCCAAUGGGGGCCUGCAGCUCCUCCAGAGGGUUUAUCAGCUCCGUAGAGACUCCCUGAAGAUUCAGAGGAACAUUGUUCGUAUCAUAGGAAACUUGGCGCUCAAUGAGAGUGUUCACCAGGCCAUAGCUCAGUCUGGCUGGGUCUCUGUCCUGGCUGAGGUGAUGCAGUCUCCUCAUGUCAUGCAGGCGUCUCAUGCAGCGCGCGCUCUGGCCAACCUGGACAGGGAGACUGUGAAAGAGAAGUACCAAGAUGGCGUCUACAUCCUCCAUCCACAAACACGUGGCAACCAGCCAAUCAAAGCAGACGUGCUCUUCAUCCAUGGGAUUCUCGGGGCAGCUUUUAAGACAUGGAGACAGAAGGACCGCAAUAUGUUAGAGGAAGAGAAGGAAGCAGGAAGCAGCGAUGACUACACAGAGUGCUGGCCAAAGUCAUGGUUGGCUGCUGACUGUCCAAAUCUGAGGGUACUAUCAGUGGAGUACGACAGUCACCUCAGUGACUGGAUGGCCAAGUGUCCUGCUGAGAAUCAGAGGAAGUCCUUGGCCUACAGAAGUCGAGAGCUGCUAAAGAAGUUAAAACUGGCAGGCGUUGGAGAGAGGCCUGUGGUCUGGGUAGCCCACAGUAUGGGAGGAUUACUUGUGAAGAAGAUGCUACUGGAUGCUGCAGACGACCCAGAUAUGCACGGGCUUUUAAGAAACACCAAGGGCAUUAUGUUCUAUAGUGUUCCUCACCAUGGGACUUUUAUGGCUGAGUACUCGGUCAAUGUCAGAUAUCUCCUCUUUCCCUCUAUAGAAGUCAGAGAACUUUGUAAAGACUCACCAGCACUCCGUGACCUGAACGAGAACUUCUUGAACAUGGCCAAAGAAAAGGAAUUCAAGGUCCUAAGCUUUGCAGAGACGCUGCCAACAAACAUUGGUCCCAUGAUCAAGAUACUGGUGGUGCCGUCACAAUCAGCGAAUCUUGGCAUCGGGGAGCUAAUCGAGGUGGAUGUAGAUCAUCUCAACAUCUGCAAGCCAGAGAAGAAGGACUCAUUCCUGUACAAACGCAGCCUCCAGUUCAUCCAGGAAGCACUGCAGAGCCACAUCAACCACUGAAACAUAUGAACGAACACACACGCACACACACAGAUGCAACCUACUGUAUACUUGAAAUGGGGGAGAGCACUGUCACCCACCCACACCCAAACCAAAUGGAAAUAAAACUGCCUCUCCUUGUUGCACACUUACAUCAAUAGCCAUUAAUUUGAUCACAGUAUAAUUAGGGAAAUUAAAUCUAUAUUACAUUGAUAUAUGUGAAGAGUUGUCAGUUGUUAAGAUAUUUUGUUUUCCUAAUGAUUCUCCGAGAUUGGUCUCUCUCACUAUUAAGUCAGAUGAAUUUUAAAACCUUUUAUUUGAAUUUUUAAAGAAGACAGUUAAUAUGUUUACAGUUCAGACAAUGAAAAUGUGUUUUAGAUUUUUAUUUUUUUCCCAUUUCAUUUCAGCCUUAGCAGUUUAACUUAGCUUAUUGUGCAUAAUGCACAUACUGUAUUUAGUUAAGAUGCACUGGCAUGUUGUUGCCACUCAUGCUCCUCUCACUUUUGACCAGAGCAGUGGUUUAAGAUUUUAUUUUUAUAUUUGUAUUUUAUUAUAACUACAGUAUGACAGUCAUAUUGUGUGCCAAAACAUUUUCCUUCCUGAGCCUUACCUCAAAUGAACUUGUAUUAAUAUUAGUUCAGGUUGCUUUAUUUAUUUGUAUGGGACUAAUCAAGCAAUUGUUUUUUAACUUCCAUGUGUUUGUAGUGCAAACUGCCACUGGCAAUGCUGACAAUGAAUAAAUGUCUGAAGUUGGAGGCUUUA